AUGGACAUCUGGUUGGCUGCUGUCAUCCUCAUGCUAGUCAAUGCAACACACAUGGUUAGGUCAACUCAUCCAGAAUGUUCCAUUGUGCUCCUUCUCCUGGAGAGAGAAAACAAAUGUAAACUGAAGAUGAAGACCACUGGUGCAAUGCCACUGCAGUCAGCCCAUAAUAAAACCGCAGGUUGUGCGAUGGAGUGGGAUGGAGUGAGCUGCUGGCCCGCUGCCUCUGUAGGGGAAAGCACGUCCGUCCACUGCCCUCUGCCCCUGCUCAAGCCUGACAAUCCUCCAGUACUCAUCACAAGGAACUGUACAAUGCAAGGAUGGAGUAAACCAAGUUUGCCAUAUUACAUAGCCUGUUACUAUGAGGACUAUGUGGAGGAAGAGGCUACAGGGAACGAGCAAAGCUACUUUGAUACUCUGAUGCUGAUCUACAGCGUUGGAUAUGGAGCGUCUCUUGCUGCUCUCUUCAUCGCCAUUCUGGUUUUCUGCUGCUUCAGGAAGUUACUGUGUACACGCACCUACAUCCACAUCAACCUGUUCUCCACGUUCAUACUCCGAAGCCUGGCUGUAUUCAUCAAAGACGCGGUGUUGUUUGCAGACAAGAACGUGGACCACUGCACGGUCUCCACACCAAAGUGUAAAGCAGCGGUGACCUUCUUCCAGUAUUGUGUUUUGGCUAACUUCUUCUGGUUGCUGGUGGAGAGCCUCUACCUGCAGACGCUGCUGGUCUUCACCUUCACUCACAAGAGGACACUCUUUUGGGUCUAUGCCGUCAUAGGCUGGGGCACUCCGUCAGUAACUAUUGUAAUCUGGGCGCUGCUAAAAAAUCAGUUCGACAACGAGGGCUGCUGGGAUAACCUAGAUAGCGGCUUGUGGUGGAUAAUCAAGACUCCCAUCCUACUCUCUAUCUUUAUAAACUUUGUGAUCUUCAUGAACAUCAGCAGGAUCAUUGUUCAGAAAACAAAGGCUCCGCAUGUGAACCAAAGUGAGGGACCGUCGUACAAGAGGCUGCUCAGAUCCACGCUGCUGCUCGUCCCUCUGUUUGGCUUACACUACGUUGUCUUCGCCCUUUUCCCUGACAGUGUAGGCACAGGGCCUCGACUCUACCUGGAGCUGCUUCUUGGAUCCUUCCAGGGUUUUAUUGUUGCUUUGUUGUACUGCUUUUUAAAUGGAGAGGUCCAAAAUGAGAUCCGGAGGGCGAUGAGAGGUUGCUGGCCUGAAAUAAAAACCAGUGCCAUCGAUCUGCAAACCCAAGAGUGUGUCCCCUAA